AUGUAUGCCAUGUUCUCCAGAGCGGUGCUUAGACAUCCGCUUCGAGCAGUACCAUUCCACAAGUAUAUUCCAACGCGAUCAUUCUGCAACAUCAAUCGAUCAAAUAUAUUAAAGUCGAGUGUGGAUGAUGUCUAUAAGUGGGCUCUAUCAUUGGACAUCCCAUCAGUGACUGAGAGCAUUACGAAGCUAAAGGAGCAUAAUGUUGAUGGUGAUGCUGCAGCAUUGUUGACUAUGUCAACGAAGAAGCUAGUGAACCAUCCAUACAGCUUAACAGGAGGUGCCGCAAGUGACAAGGGUGGAGGGCCAUUUGUCGACAGAGAUACGUUCAGGAACAAGGUAGCUCAAGUCUGUUACCACAACUACAUCAAGAGACAGAGCAAGCAAUUCAAGAGAUCUCAGAUGGACAAUCAAGACCUAUCCAUUCGCAUUGGUGCACGUGUUGCUCUAUCCCAAGAUCCAACCAUCCACUCACUCUCUCAACAAUGUACCAAGUUUGGUGGAUACCAAGGACUCGGCUUGGGUCAUGUCCUUUCAUCACUGGUGGAGUCCUACCGAAAGGCCACAAACAACAAAGUUGUUGUCGAUGGGUUCACUGUUGAUGAUGCAAGGCGAACAGGAUUGAUCUACUUGAGGAAGGAGGAAUCGUCUAGAGAACACUACUUUAUCUUCUUACCAUUUAUGAUGCUAAAAUGGUUGAAUGAGCGCGUCAACAACAAGUUCAUUGAUGAAACGCUCAUGUUCUUUCCAAGUGAGGCCAAACCCUGGACGUGGAGGAGCAUGGAACUUCUAUUCCCCUACUAUAUAUCAUGUCUUUGCAGAUCAGUGGACAUCGUUCAUCAAUCAUUCACCCUCCAAUCAUUGACAGAUCAUAUCAUAACAUUUAAACACAUCUUUAGAGAUGCAAGCGGUGUCGCCAAACUACCAUCAUCCCCAAUCGACCUCGUUCCAAAGAUGGUCUUGCAGGAGAUGACAACAGACCUGAGCACCACCUUGACAACAGUGGCUAACUUACCUGACAAGGACCACCAUGAUCAUCUCGACAUAAGCAGGACUCCCGCCAUAUUCAUCUGCAAGAAGAAUACAUAUCUAAUCGAUCAUCGAACUUGUUUUGUUGACAGACAUGAUCACAAGUAUAAUGUAUACUUCCGAGUCAAUCACAAUGAUAUGGAGACGCCUGGAAGUAGUCUGACGGCCUGGUACGAAUCAAUCCUUCAACCUGAUAGUAUGGUCAAGAUACCCGAUGGGGAGUCAAUGAUACUUGUGCACUUUACCAACAAUGACAUUGGCGAUCCACAAGGAUGCCUCGCCACAUUCGCCAAAUAUUGCCAAGACCAUGGUCUCAAGGAUCGAUACCUCUUGUUGAUCCAUUCCAAGAACAUCCAUGGCUUCAUAUCGGAUGUCUUUGCCAACAGAGCACAAGUGAUUGAUUGA